AUGUUUUUCCUGGUCAUCGUCUUUCUUCUGGGAAUCGUUAGCUAUCUAUACUAUUUGUAUAUACGAAGACAACAGAGGCAACAGGAGCUAAGUGAAAUUGUGAAAAAACGUCGACAGGAACGUGAUGCAUCCAGCGACGCAGCACAGAAAUCCUCCGCUUUACUCGAUUCGGAGUUGAGGCAAAAGAUAGACUCGUGGAGCUUUCAACAACUCAGAGAAAACCUCCAAUCAGGAACAGUUUCGUGCGUGGACGUUCUGAGAACGUACCAAUGGAAAGCUCUGAAGGCGCAGAAGGAGACCAAUUGUGUUACAAUGUUCAUCAAAGAGGCCGAGUAUUGGGCGAAUGAAUGGGAUACGAAAGCGAAGGUGCCCGGAUUUGUGAAGCCACCAUUCUUUGGGAUUCCAAUCAGCCUGAAAGAAUGUGUUCCGCUUGAGGGUUACGAUCAGACCCGUGGAUUUGUUCAGGAUGUGAAUGCUCUCACUAAGACCGAUUCGGUGUUAGUACAACAGAUCAAAGUGUUAGGUAUGAUUCCAUACGUUCAAACCAACGUUCCACAAUCAUUGCUAUCCUACAGUUGUUCGAAUCCUGUUUAUGGAACUACAACGAAUCCACUGGACAAGACACGCACUCCUGGCGGUUCUUCCGGAGGCGAAUCAGCAAUUAUCAGCGCUGGUGGUUCGAUCAUUGGUAUUGGCGGUGAUGUUGGAGGUUCUAUUCGAAUCCCAUGCCAUUUCACAGGAACAGCAGGGAUUAAGCCUUCUCAUCUACGAUUCUCUCAUCGAGGAGUGUGCGGUUCGAUCCCAGGCCGUCCGCUUAUCAACUCUAAUGAUGGACCCAUGGCCAAGGACAUUCAAACUAUUGUCGACUUUUUGAAGGAGGUUUGGCGAGAUGACUUCACAUCUCAACAGGAUCCAUACGUGCCACCGGUGCUCUGGAAUAACGAAAUGUAUGCGGAAGGCAAAAAGUAUCGCAUUGGUUAUUAUAUCGAUGACGGAUGGUUCACUCCAAUUCCGGCAAUACAGCGUGCCGUUCUCGAAGCAAAAGAUCAUUUGGAAGCGGCCGGUCACACCCUGAUACCUUUCCAUCCACCCAAUAUUCCGCGAGUGAUGCGUCACUUCAUCAGAGCGGUUUGCGUUGAUGGAGGGAAAUUUCUUUCGAGAAAAUUGUUGAAUGAUAUCAUCGAUCCGUCUCUGUACGGACAAUUCGUUAUUCUUAUGAUACCUAUAUGGAUACAACGACUUUUCGCUUACCCCAUCGAGUACUUCUUUCCACGCUUUGCCAACAUGAUGCACUCGUUGGCCCUCAACACUAGUGAAUUACGCGAAACGUAUGCAGAGAUUGAGGAUUAUCGAGGAGAUUUCGUGGAACUUAUGCAGGAGCAAGGAAUAGAUGCGGUUCUUUGCCCACCACAGGUGAUGACCGCUCCGAAACAUCAUAUUCCGGCUAAACUUUUUGCCGCUUGCUGUUACACGGCCAUUUUUAAUUUACUUGAUUUUGGUGCAGGAGUGGUUAAGGUUACGGAGGUGACCACAGAGGAUAAUCGAAAAUUGAAAGAGGAAUAUCCAGAAACUGAUCCGUGGUACAGACUGGCAAAGGACGCAUGCAAGGAUUGCAUCGGUUUUCCUGUCAACGUCCAGGUAGCAGCGCCACCAUACAAAGAAGAGCUCGUCCUACGUAUUCUUCGUGACAUCGAAGUCGCCGUUGAACGCAAAUAA